AUGAAAUCGUCAGUAUUAAGUUCAACGAAAAACGAUUAUACAGAGUCAAGUCAAAUAAGUCCUUUCAAAUAUCUCAUCUCGUCAUUUAUUCACUCAGAGCAACCAAAGGUCUUUCUGUUUAACUUUAUAUCAAAUCGGAUCAUCGUUAUGACUGAAGUUGUAUCAGUACCAGUGCCAUCAGUUCCUCUUACUACUGUUGAUAAUAUAUUUUCCAUUACUCAUCUGUUCUUUGAUCAACUUCGUAGACCAAUUCUUCUUUUUGCAGGAACAGUAAUAGUAGCAUGGUCAUACAACAAGUUUUGGGUCAAUCGAAAGUUUUAUCCAAGUAUGCAAUUAAUGCAAGGUAAAACUGUUCUCAUCACUGGUGGAUCUACAGGUGUUGGUUAUGAAACAGCAAAAGACCUUCUUCGGCGAGGUGCUCGUGUGAUAAUCACGUCUGAUGAUCUUUACGAAGGUCGUCAAGCUAUCCGAAAACUUCAUGCAGAAACGGAAUGUGACGAGAAAAAUCUGCGUUUGUUGGAGUGUGAUUUAUGCUCACUUGAUUCUGUCCGUCAAUUCGCUGAAUUAUUUAACAAUGAAGAAGCAAGACUCGAUGUCUUAGUUUGUAAUUCUAGCCUAAUGUGGUCAACAUACGUUGUCACCAAACAUGGAUUCAACACAAUCAUUCAAGCGAAUUAUCUCAGCCAUUUUUUACUCACAAAUCUUCUUUUGAAUAAAUUAAAGCAAUGUCGUCCAAGUCGAAUCAUCAAUAUCUCGUCCGGUGCACAUCAAAUUGUUCAAGAUAUCAAUUGGUUCGACGCAUUGACCCAAUUCAAAAACAAUCAUCUCUACGGUGCUUAUAUAACAUCGAAAGUAUUUCAAAUAUUAUCAACGUAUAAAUUAAAACGUGAUCUCUUAGCAAGUGAGGGAGUCAAUGCAUUUGCAGUGAAUCCAGGAUGGGUUUGGACGUCAAAUCGUUUGUCAUUGAUAAGAGCAUUUGGAUUCUAUUCAUUUAUGAUCAUUUAUCCAAUUCUACGCUUGUUAAAAAUUGCUUUCGCAGUCAAAUAUAAAACAGGUGCGCGAACAACGAUUUACUGUGCUGUCGAACCAACAUUAGAACAAUCCAAUUAUCUCUAUUUCGAUCGUUGCAUCCCAGACCGGCCAUCGUGGCUAUGUACUGAUGAUCAGUACGCUGAUCAAUUAUGGAAAAUCAGUUGUGAAGCAUCCAAUGUUUUCUGUAUGUUUAUUCAAGCAAUUAUCAGAAUUGUAAUUCUCGCAAUCAAAAUAAAUAUCUAUUUUCGCUCGCAGAAUGAAAACCUUUUAACAUACACGAAAAGGAAAUUACAAUGGUAA